AUGGCUCCUGCUGCUGCUCAUGCUGCCGAGGGCAUUAUCUCGUCCAUCGAUGUGGACUCGAUGCCGCCUUUCUGGCGUCGGAAGAAUGGAAUUUUACUCUAUUUUCUCCUCACAUCGUCCCUGCUGGCAAGUGCAGCGCUCGGUAUCGAUGGGUCCAUGACGAAUGGUAUGCAAGUCUUGGAAUCCUGGCAAGAUCGAUUCGGACAUCCCGAAGGUGCAAAGCUAGGCUUCUUCGGCGCGGCCAAUGCCAUUGGUGGCGUAAUUCCCUUCAUCUUCCUGAGUUGGAUCAGUGAUAGGCUCGGUCGACGUCUACCAACUGCACUGGGGUCCAUCAUUAUUAUCACUGGCGUGAUCAUCGAGUUCUUCGCCACAUCGUUGAACAUGUAUAUUGGUGGGAAGAUCGUGCUUGGCGUGGGGUCUUCGCUCAUCCAAAUGGGUGCUCCUGUCUUGGUCACUGAGCUGUCUCAUCCCAAAGAGCGUGUCCAAAUCACCACAUUCUACAAUACCUCUAUCGUGCUAGGCUAUGUUAUCGGUGCCUGGGCGACAUUUGGCUGCUACAGAAUCACCAGCCAGUGGUCUUGGAGACUUCCAACUCUGAUUCAGAUUGUUCCCUCUGCAUACCAGUUCUGUCUGAUUUGGUUCUGCCCCGAGUCACCUAGAUGGUUGAUUGCGAAGGGCCGCCACCAGGAAGCGCGUCAGAUCCUGAUCAAAUAUCACGGGGAGUGCGAUCCUAACUCCGAGCUGGUCAAUGUCGAGUGUGCCGAGAUUCAACAGGCCAUUGAUAAAGAAGCCGAGAACAACAUGAACUGGAAAGACUUUUUCACUUCCCGGGCAAAUAUCAAGCGCAUCUUUCUCUGUUUCGCCACGGCGGUAUUCAGCCAGAGCUCUGGUAACUUGCUUGUCUCGAACUAUCUUACGCAGAUCCUCAAAGACACGGGUUUGAAAACGCAGUACGAAAUCACUCUUGUGAAUGGAAUGGUCACAUUGUGGCAAUAUAUUGUUGCCAUCUUCGUCACUUUGAUUAUUGAUCGGUUCCGACGCCGUUUCUUCUUCCUCACCGGGUCUGGCGGCGUUCUCGUCACAUUCAUCGUGUGGACUAUUGCCGCUCAGCAAUACCUCGAGCACAAUUCAUUGACCGCUGGUCGGGUUGUGAUAGCGUGUAUUUUCUUCUUCCAGGCCUUUUACACUUUUGCCUGGACGAACCUUAUUGUCACAUACCCCCUCGAAGUUGUUACUCUUCAGAUGCGAGCCAAGACGUGGGCAUUCGUCCUACUCACGAUUCAAGUGGCAUCUAUCUUUGGAAGCUACGUCAACCCCAUCGGAUUGAAAAAUAUUGGGUGGAAGUUCUAUAUCUACUAUGAUAUUUGGGUUUUGAUCAUCUUCCUUGUUGUUUACUUCUUCUUCGUCGAGACGGCUGGUCCUACCCUUGAGGAGCUGGCCUAUCUGUUUGAAGGGGAAGAUACGAAGCGCAAGCUAGUCGAGAAGAUUGAAGAAAAGAAGGAACAAGUUCAAUAUGAAGAACAUGUGGAGGGCAAGUCUGCAUGA